UUGUGAGGUUGCUUUAUGGGAAAACGCAGCUAUGAUUUAGUCUGGAACUUCCUUGCUUUUGACUUUUUCGUGGUUAUUAAUUUGUACAAAGAAUCCCAAACUGAUACAGCGGGAACCAAACUGGCAAAUCAAGCUGCGGAGACAACUGUGUAAUUCGCUGGAAAAAAAGGAGAACCUCUUCUGCGUGCGGGAGGACAAUGUCUAUAAAAAUAUGCAAGAAUCAAAGGAAACCCACAUAUCCAAUCACCUAGAUGAAAUUGUUGCUGCUGUCAGCGUAACGCCUAGAAAGAAGAUCCAAAACAAACUGCCUCAGACAGCACUCUUCCAGCCUCCUCGAGAGAAACUCCACCUCUGUGAAGAGAAAGCGAAGUCCUAUUCUAGCAGUCACAAAUAUAAAGAGGCUGUCCAUGAGCUUGUGCGCUGCAUUGCGCUGACGAGAAUUUGCUAUGGUGACUCCCAUUGGAAACUAGCAGAGGCACAUAUUAAUCUGGCUCAAGGCUACCUCCAGCUGAAAGGACUGUCCUUGCAAGCGAAACAACAUGCAGAAAAAGCCAAAGAAAUCCUUACCAACUCCCUCAUGCCUCCCUAUAACGACAAUACAGAUGUUUUUAAGUGUUCGAUUGAGCUAUUCCAUACCAUGGGGAGAGCCUUACUCUCCCUCCAGAAAUUUAAGGAAGCUUCAGAGAAUUUGUCAAAGGCAGAGAGACUUGCAAAGGAGCUGCUGCAGUGUGGAAGGAUUAUAAAGGAGGAGUGGAUAGAAAUUCAAGCACGGAUCAAAUUGUCAUCUGCACAGAUGUAUCAAAGUCAGAAGAAGUCAAAAGAAGCUUUGCCUCACUACCAAGAGGCCUUAGAAUAUAUUGAGAUCAGUAGAGGUGAAAAAAGUCUUGAGUGUGUAUCAAUAUUGAGGGAAUUAGCAGGUGUAGAGCAAUCCCUGGGAUUUUACGAUGCAUCCAUCAACCAUUUUCUACAGGCACAUCUCAUCGUGCUAAGCAAAAACCCCUCUCAAGAGGAGGCAGCAGUCUCCGCACAUUUUGUCGCCCACGCUUCCAUCGCUUCUGGGAGACCCGAGCACCAUGAUGUGGCCGAGCAGUAUUUUCAAGAGAGCAUGGCGAAUCUUAAGGAUGCUGAAGGAAUGGGAAAAGCCAAAUUUCUUUCAAUUCAAGAUGAUUAUUGCCAUUUUCUACAAGUCAUAGGACAAAAAGAGAAAGCAACCUCAAUCCUGAGAGAGUCCUUGGAAGCCAAAGUGGCAGUAUUUGGUGACCUCAGUCCCAAGGUGGCAGAGACGUACCGGCUGUUGGGUGGGACCGACCUGGCUCAGGGGAACCACAGUGGGGCCCACAAGAAACUGAAGAAGUUGUCCUGGAGAAAGAUGAUGGUAGCUUGCUCCAAGACAGUGGCCAGGGGAUGGAGCAAAGUCGUGGGGGAGUCGAGGGAUGUCGAUAAGGAUGUAGAAGCCACGGCACAUGGCAGCUCAGAGUGUCUUCAGAUUCAGACUCUCUUAUACGGACCACAGGACAAGAGGACUCUGGCCACCCAGCAGACCAUGGACGUCCUGGCCAAGGCCCCGGAGGUGGCCGUGAAACCCAGGCAGACCCCCAGAGCCGAAGCGGCGUUCUGCAGCAGCGUGGCCCAGCACGGUGCGCCGGGGAAGGCCAGGCCCAGCGCAGCGGACUGAGGCCCCCACCCCAGAGAAGGCUUCAGUCGUGCCUGGGAGCCGACGGCUAGGGUGCCGCGUAAACCUCUCCCACAGGGCGAUGGGAUUCAAUACUGUCCAGGCUGUUUGCUGCGGCAGGCAACGGAGCUACGCUGCGAACUCCCUGUGGGCCACACUGGGACCUCGGAUACCCUUCGGGCCAUCUGGUGCUUCUAUAAAGCCUUUUUUCUUUUUUACCGCCCAAGUGAAUUUUUCUUGCCAACAAAAAUUUUUACCCAUCAGUACUACCGGGGGCUAAAAAAGGCUUCUCUUCAGAAGUUUGAAACUUGCUGUGUGGGAAUACCAUGUACGGUAUCUAUACAUACAGAGCCUCUUGUGUAGACCUGGAGUCAGAUUAGAAACAAUACAGUUCUGACAGGGAAAAGCCCCUUUUAUAAGAAGAUAAUAGGGAUUGAGGAUAAAAUGAUAAUAAGAAGAAUCUUGGAAGUACUGGGGUUGUUACGUGUUUUUAAAAGGAGCCUGCCUCAGAGUUCCUCGGAGCCCAGAGAGGAGCAUGAGGAAGCUUUCCUUUACUCAUGCAAAAGGCCUUGACCGAAAGUGGCUGAGCACCCAGUGUGCACCAGGCAAGUGGUGAGAGCUGGGGACACAAGAGUAACCAAGACAUGCUGUCCCCAUCCCCUCAGAGCUUGCCACCCAACAUGGACACUACCUACUGCACAUAAGGGUGAAAUGAGUCGGUAACGGAGGGAAAGAGCCCAGUUCAGCGAGGCAGGGAGGGAAUGGUGGUAAACGGGCUAGAGGGCAGGGGAGGCAGUGAAAAGAGACGAGGCAGCCAGCCUGGAGAGGCUGCAGGGGAGGGCUGCUGACUUGUGGCCUCCACUCCAGGCAGGAGAAACAUGGCUGCCCUCUGGAGCUUCCUUUUUGAGCUGGUAUGGCUCAGCUGGGCUCAGCAUGUGAGGGAGGGGUGGGUGGAGCAGGACGAGCGCUUGUGUCCACAGUGGCCUUCCGUCUCCAGGGAGGUCAUUGCCGCUAGAGAAUGGAAAAGCAGAGUGGGAAGUUUUGAGCACCUUUCUUCAUGCAGUCAACCAUGAGAGCCGGUACUGGAAAGAGGUGUAGAGUACACACAGUGCGCAGUGCUGUUCCUUCUCCUUCCCACCGUCAUCCCAUGGACCAUGAUCCAGCAAGGCUGCAAGCUGGUGCUAUGAUGGCGACAGGAUGCAGCACACAGGCCCCCUUCUACUCCAGUACCCAAUGGGAAACCCAGAGCCACUCUGGUUCCAUUUGUGCAGGAUCCCACCUCAAGAAUGAAGGGUGUUAAUAAACCAAAAAGGCCUGUGACAGGGUGGAGAGAGAGGCAGGGUCCCUUGUCCCCUUUGGAAGUUGUGACAACUGGCCACACAAGCCAUUCCCACUCCUUCCCACUUAUCCCAGAUAGGCCUGUGGGAUGAAGGCAGGAGACAUGGUCACUACUCACCAAGUGUCCCAUCUGAUUGAAGACAUGGGUUUCAAUGUGGAUGGUGGAGUAAGCAUUUUAUUAUUUUUUUAAUGUGUGCCUCCAAAAUUCAUGACGAAGCCCUAAUCCUCAGUGUGAAAGUAUUAGGAGGUGGGGCCUCUGGUAGGUGAUGGGAUACAUGGGAGUAGAGUUCCAUGAAUGGAAGUAGUGCCCUGAUCAGAAGAGACACGAGACAGAUGACUGCGUUCUCCACCGCGUGAAGAUAUGGCAAGAUGGCUAUCUGCGAACCAGACAGCUCCAACCGGGCACUGAGGCCCCCAGCACCUUGAUCUUCCACUUCCGGCCUCCAGAACGCAGAGGGAGAGAGGUGUCCACUGUGUGAGCCUCCCACUCUGUGAGUCUGUGCUGUGCUGUUGCAUCAGCCUGAGCAGACAGUCCAUGCUGGGCUUUUUUGGAAAAAAGUGGAUUCUGAUGUGACUUCCUCUAUACCUCUUGGAGGAUAAGAUGUUGCAAUUGCAGAAACUAAAACAUAUUUUUAAAAAACUUAGCCCAGGCUGAGUGAAAUAAGUCAAUUGGAGAAGGACAAACCUUAUAUGGUCUCAUUCAUUUGGGGAAUAUAAAAAAUAGUGAAAGGGAAUAAAGGGGAAAGGAGAAAAAAUGAGUGGGAAAUAUCAGAAAGGGAGACAGAACAUGAAAGACUCCUAACUCUGCGAAACGAACUAGG